AUUUAAGACUCCCCCCUCCACGGCUCCACCCCAGAAGAAGAGAAGAAGGGGAGACUGAAGAGGGGCGGCUCGUGCAGUGAAGUGCAGUCUGGUUUGGUUGCUCUGAUUCUGGGCCGCGUCAAUGCCGCCCUCAGCUCAACCGAAACCAAGAGCCAUGGAACAAGGAGGAGAGCUCGAGCCCAGCACCCCGAGAUCAACCACCCCCACUGCCGGCACCACAGGGGAGGUACUGCUUGACAAGUACAAGCUCGGCCGCCUCCUUGGCCGCGGCAGUUUUGCAAAAGUCUACCACGCUCGGCGUCUCGCUGACAACACAGAUGUGGCCAUCAAGGUUAUUCAGAAAACCCAAGUAGCCAACACUGCAAUGGAACCCCGCAUCAUCCAUGAAGUUUCGGCAAUGCGUCGCCUGCGACAUUCGAACAUAAUUCAAAUUCACGAAGUCAUGGCAACCAAGUCCAAGAUCUACCUAGUGAUGGAGUACGCUAGAGGUGGCGAACUUCUCACCAAGAUCUACCGGCGAGGUCGCCUGACCGAACCCGUGGCGCGCCACUACUUCCAACAGCUCGUCUCGGCUCUCCACUUCUGCCACAGCCAUGGCAUAGCCCAUCGUGACGUAAAGCCUCAAAAUCUCCUACUAGACCACAAAGGGAACCUCAAGGUCUCUGACUUCGGCCUUUCUGCUCUCCCGGAACAACUAAAAGAUGGGCUUCUUCACACGGCUUGCGGCACGCCUGCCUACACCGCGCCCGAGGUGCUUGGUCGUAAGGCUUACGACGGGGCCAAGGCCGACGCUUGGUCUUGUGGGGUGAUUCUCUUCGUGUUCCUUGCUGGGUUCAUGCCAUUUGAUGACGCCAAUCUGGCCGUCAUGUACCGUAAGAUCCACCAUAGGGAGUACCAGUUCCCUUCGUGGUUCUCCAAGCCAAUUCGGUGGAUAAUAAGCCGUCUCCUUGAUCCGAAUCCAGAGACUCGGCUCAGUAUUCCAGCACUCAUGGAGGUUGCUUGGUUCAAAAAAUCGCUUCGCGAUCCAUCAGAUGGGCACAUCAAUCCUUUUGAUUUAGAUCUUUUGGCGUUGCCGAAAGACGCUAAAUUUAAUACGACUAAUAUGAAUGUUCGCACCGUGAUGAAUGCUUUUGAUAUAAUCUCGCUGUCGUCGGGUUUAGAUUUGUCUGGGCUCUUCGAAGCAGGAAGAAAGAGCACGAAAAGAUUCACGUCGAUGGCAUCGUCGGCAGAGAAUAUCGUGGAGAGGGUGACGGAAAUUGGGAAGAAUUUGGGGUACGUGGUUCAGAAAAGUAAGUGUGGAGUUGUGGGGUUGGGGAAGGGAAGGUUGGUGAUGUUAGUUGAAGUGCUGGAAGUGACCGAUUCAUUGUUUUUGGUAGAAAUGAAAGACAUUAGUGGGGAGGGGGCAAAAGUUGAGGAAGCCCAGUGGAGAGACAUGAAAGCUGAGCUCCAAGACAUAGCUUUGGCCUGGCACGACGAUGGUGUCUCUGAGCUCUGAAGAACAAGUAAUUUGCAUAGGUUUGGUGGUUUUUCUGCAACGAUUUUGAGGUUGGCCUUUGGUGAAAAAAGUGGGUGUUUGGCAAAGUUGUACAUACUUGAGCAUGUUAGUCUUAGCUUAGGUGAAUAAUUAAUUUCAAUCUCCUACUAUUAGCAACCGGAUUUCUUCUGUGAUGGCUUUAUUGAUCUUUGUAAAUAUGUGUUUUCGUCUGUAUUAUAGUUGAACAAGAGAGUUUGUUUGUUUGUUUUCA